AUGACCUCAGGGGAUUCCCCUUGGUUCUCCUGGAAUGAAACCCAAGCCAAAGAAGUGUCGGAGCAGCUUGUGGACCUGUUUGUUGGCAUCUCACAGUUCAUUCAAAAGGGUCGCAAUGGUACCCCCACCAUUGUCUCCCGCAAGGAGUGGGGGGCACAAUCCCUGACCUGCAGGGCCCUGCUGACCCCACCUGUGGCCUAUGUCAUCUCGGACCAGCUCAUGGGGAUGGAGUGCCAGGAGCAGAAUGUUUGUAGCCAGAAGCUGCGGGACCUUCAGUCCCGUUCCAUCUACACCAAAGGCUGGUGCGAUGUGGCCUACAACUUCCUGGUUGGGGACGAUGGCAGGGUAUAUGAAGGUGUUGGCUGGAACGUCCAAGGUCUGCACACCCAGGGCUACAACAGCAUCUCACUGGGCCUCGCCUUCUUUGGCACCAAGGAAGGCAGAAAUCCCAGCCCAGCUGCCUUAUCAGCUGCAGAGGACCUGAUCUUCUAUGCCAUUCGGAAAGGUCAUCUGUCACCCAGGUAUAUUCAGCCACUUCUCUUGGAAGAAGAGGUGUGCCCAGCCCAUAAGCAGCCAGUGCCCAGGAAAGCUUGCCCCAGCAUCAUCACGCGGUCAACUUGGGAAGCCAGAGAGACAUACUGCCCUAAAAUGAACAUCCCAGCCAAAUAUGUCAUCAUCAUCCACACUGCUGGGGCAACCUGCAGCACAUCCAUGGACUGUCAGGCUCGUGUCCGAGACACACAGUCCUACCACAUGGACAAACUGAACUUCUGUGACAUUGGAUAUCACUUCCUGGUGGGUCAGGAUGGUGGUGUGUAUGAAGGAGUUGGCUGGCAUAUCCAAGGCUCUCAUACCUAUGGAUACAAUGAUAUUGCCCUGGGAAUUGCCUUCAUGGGCAACUUUGUAGAAAAGCCACCAAAUGCCGCAGCAUUGGAGGCAGCCCAGAGUCUGAUCCAGUGUGCAGUGGACAAGGGGUACCUGACUCCCAACUACCUGUUGGUGGGGCACAGUGAUAUUGUCAACGUUCUGUCCCCUGGGAAGGCUUUGUAUGACAUCAUCAGUACCUGGCCCCACUUCAAACAGAGAGGAGGUACCAGCUCCUUCUGAGACUGCACUCACCACCCACCUGGCCCCUGGACCUCCCCUGUUCUCACUCUCUAUCCUGGCUCAAUGCCUCAUGUCCACUCCCUGCCAACUUCUGUCUCCUCUUAUCAUCCUCCAGUGGCCCUCAAUCACUGUAGAGGCAUGCCAGCCCUGAGUCUGGGCCCAGCCUUCCCUUCUCCUCUUCUUCCUUUCCCCUGGUUGCCCACCUCCUCAGGCCAGUGACACAAUGGCUAGACCUUGGUUGACUUCUUGCUUCUUUGUAUGCACCCCUCUGCCUUCACGCCUUCCUUGCAGUCUGGGCAGCAACCCUGAGCCUCACACAGGACCUGGGUCAAUUCCCCCACCCCUUCUGUCUGCUCACACACUGACUUGUCCACACAUGGAUGUAGCCCUUAUUCAGGACUUGUUUCUAGACAUGUAUGCCUCCACUACAUUGUGAGGUGGUCCGGUUUUACUCAUCUCUGUGUCCCCAGUCCUUCUGUAU